AUGCUCUUCAUUAUUUUCACCUUGAUCACUGCCACCGCCACCUUCUUGGGCUUCGGCCAGGCAACCCUUUCCACCGCCGUCAACCUCGCCCGCGACGACAAGAACCCGAACCUGACGCACAUCAUCUGCAAGCCCCAGAUGUCCCGCGAGGCGCGCAAGGACUUCACGCUGCAGAACAUCGAGUACCUGGGCGGGCUGGACCACGGCGGGCCGGACCACGGCGGGCCGGGUGCGUACCUGGGGGCCCACACCAACGGCAAGAACUGCGAGCGCAUGAGCUGCCAGUACGGGUCGGGCACCUACGUCUGCAACGACGGCGACGGCGACCUCAACGUCCUGUACGCGACUCUGGCUGCCUACGCGCAGGCUGUUGUCGACGACCCGCGCAAGGAGUGCAAUUGGCACGAGGAGCACUACGAGGGCGGCAAGGACGGGGCGGACCUCACUUUGGGGGCAGGCGUUUGA